GCAAAUGAUCAGAGCGCCUUUUGAAAUAGUAUACAGGCCCCUCUUCCCUAUAUACGGUGUGGCACUCAUUCAGUAUCUGAUGUGCAUUUUUAUUAUGCGCCGUUGCCAACGCCAUUGCUGAGGGCUGACAGAUUCUAUAGUGGAAGGCGAAACGUGUUGAUGUGUGUUGUUGCUGUUAUGUGUAUGAAAUGUAUAUGUGCAGUGUUACAGCAUGCCACAUGGCCAAGAAACCCCUUGGAGAUGUGUUUUUGUGUGAGAAAACUGUGAAAUGUGUGUCUAAAGGCCUGCAGAAUUGCAUGAUGGGAAAGUAAAGGUUGUCAGAGUGUUUUUUUUUAACCAUCUCUCAACCAUUUGUGUCACUACGUCACACAUCAUUGAAUGUCAUGAAUGCUACAUGCUAGCUAGACUGUAGUAUUGUUUUGGACCACAACGCUGAUGUUUCCUCCCACUAUUUUCAAUUGUUUCAUUUCUUGAUGGCCUAGGGUCUGAAGUUCAAGUCGUUUUGAUUUCUGAAGUAGUUUCCAGCGAGACCAAGUCUAUAGCUGAAGGCAUGCACUGUGUUCAGCCAAUUUAAAGCUGCACAUUUCAGUGGUCAUCAACUUAUAACAGUUAAAAUGGUGGCCCUGCAUAGACUACGACUGCACUGUGCGAGUUUACACAAGUAGAUUGCUGAUCUGUAGUUUGAAUUGUACAUAAGAAAGGUAAUUGUGCUUCCAGCCUGUAGAAUAAAAAACCAGAUAGACAAAGGCCUACGCAAGUAGGCCCAACACAAUAAAUGUGUCUUUGCCAUAGAGAAUCAUAGGAAGCAUCAGUGUUGGUCCAUGUGUGUGCUGUGUGUGCGGUGGUGUGUGUUGCCAUUCUCCUGCAUGUUUCUCCCAACCUCUAGGAGGAGCUGUGUGAGAUCCUCAAGCCUGUCCCCAUAUCCCAUAACCCCCCUAGCCCUGCUGUGGCCGCCCCAGCCUACAACAACAACAACAAAAGCGCCAGGCCUUUCGGUGGUGGUGGUGUUGGGGGUGGAGGACUUGGUGAGGCAGCCAAACCUCCAUCCUCCUGGGCCUCUCCACCACCAUCCAUAGCCUCCAUCCCCUCCGCAUCAUCCGCCUUCACCCCAGCCACCAACAUGUCCCCCACCAUGCCCUCCAUCUCCACCGCCGUUAGGCCUACUCCCACAUUCCCCCACCGCCUGCCACCCCCCACCUCCCCUAAAAAGGUCUCGUGCCCCCCUGCUCCUGCUCCUCCUCCACCCACCGUCCCGACUGCCCCCUCCGUGCCGCAUUCGUCAGUCUACAACACGCCCAUCAACCUCUACUCGGACGACAACGCCUGCGAGGUGGCCAUGGGCCAGCGGAGGGCGCUGUUGGACGGGCAAGGGGAGCCCACGCUGCCCACGCUGCCCACGCUGCCCAACGGAGUCCCCAGGACUCGAGUCAUCGAGCAGGACAUCGGUUUCUACCACAUCCCUACUCACGGCGACUGCAGCAGGAAACGCAUCAUGGAGGACACGGAGGAUUGGCGCCCACGCACCGGCACCUCACAGUCACGCUCCUUCCGCAUACUCGCACAGAUGACGGGCACAGAGAACGAACCAAUAAAGAAGGUUGAGACAGAGGAGCCAAAUGAGGAAGUGGAGGAGCCGCAGGUCAACACCCAUGGCACAUGUGCAGUGAAGACUAUGGUGAAGGGACCAGGAGGCUCCCCUCGAAACACCAACAGCAUCGCCACUCAAGGCGUUCCUCGUAAGAAUGUGGGGCAUGUGAGUGGCCUGAUCACCCCCACCUUUGGGGGCAAGAACAGCAGUCCCCCCAUGGGCCCCGUCAAGGAUCGGCCCGUCCCGCGGCCCCACCCCAAGGAUGAGGACUCCCUGGUGCAGAGGGCAGAGCACUUCCCCGCCGCCGACACCCGCACCCCGGUGUGCGCCAACUGUGACAAAGUCAUCAGAGGCCCAUUCCUGGUGGCGAUGGGCAAGGCGUGGCACCCGGAGGAGUUCAACUGCGCCCACUGCCGCACCUCCCUGGCCGACAUCGGCUUUGUGGAGGAGCAGGGCUCCGUCUACUGCGAACACUGCUACGAAGAGUUUUUCGCACCCACCUGUGGACGAUGCCAGGGCAAGAUCCUGGGGGAAGUGAUCAAUGCCCUGAAGCAGAGCUGGCACGUGUACUGCUUCCUGUGUGCGUCCUGCCAGCAGCCCAUUCGAAACAACACCUUCCACCUGGAGGACGGAGAGCCCUACUGCGAGAACGACUAUUACAACCUGUUCGGGACCAGCUGCCAUGGCUGUGAUUUUCCAAUCGAGGCCGGGGACAAAUUCCUGGAGGCCCUGGGGUUCACAUGGCACGACACCUGCUUCGUAUGCGCCGUAUGCUGCACCAGCCUCGAGAGUCAGACUUUCUUCUCCAAGAAGGACAAGCUGUUGUGCAAGAAGCACGCCAACACCAUCAAAAUAUGAGAGAGAGAGAGAGAGAGAGAGAGAGAGAGAGAGAGAGAGAAAGAGAGAGAGAGAGAGAGAGAUAUUGCAUUUUGUGUCUUCUUUCUUUUCUUUUUUCCAGUGUGAAAGGGGGAACCUUGUUAAUAUAAUGGACAGCAACCUUCAUCUUAUUUGUCUUUUUUCCUCUGUAAAUGCGAGGCCCUUCUUUUUUUACUUUGUAAAUUGAGCACCCAGACUACGCCAUGUGAAGCUAAAUGGAAUGAGAAGCCAAGGGGUUGAGGUUCAGUUUUUCCAAAAACUGACUGUAGCCACAAAUCAUCUAUGCAGCACACCAGCGCAACCUGACCAAGUGCAAACAUUUUUACAAGUGAAAAAGUUCUCAUUAAAGAACAAUGUUUUCUCUCUAUCAGCUGGCGCGAAUACUUUUGCCAAGGUUUAUUUCCAUUCCUUCUCCCAAGUAAUUAAAUAACUUGUUAAUAUAUACAAAUUAAAUAAUUUGUAUAUAUUUCAUGCAUUUUUUCUCUCUUUCUUUUCAGCCCCUUUGUGUAAAUGGCAUUCUUAUUUAAUGAGAAAGGGCUUUUGUUAUUCCUUCCCUGUUUCUUUGACCAGGAGAUUAAAACUGGGCUACUCGGCCUGGCUGGGAGUACAUCUGUAGUAACACCUCCUCUGUGUGUGUGUGUGUGUGUGUG